CUAUUUAUAUUCUUCUCUUUAUUCUCCCCUUCUCGUCCGCCACUUCUCUCUCCUCGCCAUUCCACUCAGCUCUCACUCUUCACCUUCAUCACAAACCCUAGCCUACAAUUUUCCAUGGUUCCUCUCCAUCUCCUCCACUGAACUUUCCUUCAAAUCGCUUCUCAAAGGAGAAUUAUAGGAGACACUCUGGGAUUCUACUCAAACUAACAUUCGUCAUGGCAGCUUCCGCCACCAGCCAGGUUUACAUCGAUGUAAUUGAGGAUGUCAUGGUCAAGGUUCGUGACGAGUUCGUCAACAACGGAGGGCCUGGGGAGGAAGUUCUCAAGGAGCUUCAAGCUAUGUGGGAGUCAAAGAUGAUGCAGGCGGGGGCUGUGCUGGGUCCCAUAGAAAGGUCAACUGCAGCUAAGCCAACUCCCGGUGUUACUCCGGUUCAUGAUCUUAACGUGCCGUACACCGAGGAGUAUGAGACUCCUACUGCUGAAAUGCUUUUUCCUCCUACUCCCUUGCAAACUCCGAUACAAACCCCUUUACCUGGAACUGGGGAUAACUCAACCUAUAACAUUCCCACUGGACCAAGUGACUACCCCUCUUCUGGAAAUGAUACAGGAGGAAAUGCUGAUGUAAAAGGAGGAAGACCUGCUACAUAUAUGCAACCUCCUUCUCCUUGGAUGAACCCGAGGCCUUCACUUGAUGUCAAUGUUGCUUAUGUGGAAGGGCGGGAUGAGGCAGACAGAGGAACUUCUAAUCAACCUCUGACACAGGACUUCUUUACAAUGUCGUCAGGGAAGCGUAAGCGCAAUGAUUUGACUUCUCAAUAUAAUGCGGGUGGAUAUAUACCUCAACAAGAUGGAGCUGGGGAUGCUGCACUGGGAGUUUUUGAAAUUGAGGUAAAUGGAGGGGAUAUCUCCAUUAAUUCACAUCAGACUAUUUCCAAAGGGAAAAUGCAAGCGGAUGUUGAGAGGUUGACUACUAGAAUUCCUCAACUUGAUGGACCAGCUCCUUACGAUGAUGAGAUUGGUACUCCAAAUAUGUACAACUACGAAGUGUUCAGUGAUGACUACAAUAUUUCUAAUACACCAGCUCCUCCUGAAGUGCCAGUUAGCACCCCUGCUCUCUUGGCUCAGAAUGAGGUGGGAAAUGAUGAGGAUGAUGACGACGAUGAGCCUCCACUAAAUGAAGAAGAUGAUGACGAAUUGGAUGACAUGGAACAAGGAGAUGACCAAAAUACACAUCAUCUUGUUUUGGCCCAGUUUGAUAAGGUGACACGUACCAAGAGCAGGUGGAAAUGCACACUAAAGGAUGGCAUCAUGCACAUAAAUAAUAAGGACAUUCUCUUCAACAAGGCGACAGGAGAGUUUGAAUUCUGACUUGUUGGAGGUGGUGCUUUCAUGAAGCAUGAUUCAGAGAUGUCGUUUAGUGCUUCAUCAUCUUUCUUUAAUUAUACUUGUUAAGCGAAUGUUUCAGGAAGAGGAAAAUCCUUUUACCUUUUCGAGACUGUUUUGAUGUUGGCCUCUUGUACAUAGAGAGAAUGAGCAAUUUUUGGCCUUUACCUGAUUACAGACACGGGCAUUUCCUUGAGCCCAGCAAUUGUAGUAUGUGGUUCCUUUAGUUCUGUAUACUUCGUCGAUUUGGUUAAUUUAGCAAUCUUUUGUAUGAUAA